AUGGAGGAGAUUGCCAAAGAGUACGAUGUCAUUGUGCUCGGCACAGGUCUGACCGAGUGCAUUCUAUCCGGUGUCCUGAGUGUCAAGGGCAAGAAGGUCCUGCACAUUGACCGCAACGACCAUUACGGCGGAGAUGCCACCUCGCUCAACAUCCAGGCGCUCUUCAAGAAGUACGGCCAUGCUGCCGGUGGUGAGGAGCCGUGGACCAAGUACGGCCGUGCCAACGACUGGAACGUCGACCUGAUCCCCAAGUUCCUCAUCUCCGCCGGAGAGCUCACCAACAUUCUCGUCUCCACCAAUGUCACCCGCUACCUCGAGUUCAGGCAGAUUGCCGGUAGCUAUGUCCAGCAAGGCUCUGGACCCAAGGCUACUGUUGCCAAGGUUCCGUCCGAUGCCGCCGAGGCUCUGCGCUCCCCCCUUAUGGGUAUCUUCGAGAAGCGCCGCAUGAAGGGCUUCAUUGAGUGGGUCGGCAGCUUCGAUCCCAAGGACUCGGCCACGCACAAGGGGCUGGAUAUGUCUUCGUGCACAAUGAAGGAUGUGUACGACAAGUUCGGUCUCGAGACGACGACCAAGGACUUCAUCGGCCAUGCCAUGGCCCUCUAUCUCAACGACAACUACAUCAACGAGAAGGGCCGGGCUCCCGAGGCCAUCGAGAGGAUCCGCCUCUAUGGCAACUCGGUCGCCCGCUACGGCAAGUCGCCCUACAUCUACCCGCUCUACGGUCUCGGCGAGCUGCCUCAGGGCUUCGCCCGCCUGUCUGCCAUCUACGGCGGCACCUACAUGCUGAACACCAGCGUCGAUGAGAUCACGUACGAGGGCGGCAAGGCCACCGGCAUCAAGGCGACCAUGAGCAACGUGGAGCCCGAGAUGAAGUUUGAGACCAAGGCCAAGAUGAUCAUUGGUGACCCGUCCUACUUCCCCGGCAAGACCAAGGUCGUUGGCCACGUUCUCCGCGCCAUCUGCAUCCUCAAGCACCCCCUCGCCAGCACCAGCGACAGCGACUCGUGCCAGCUGAUCAUUCCCCAGAGCCAAGUCGGCCGCAAGAACGACAUCUACAUUGCCUGCGUUUCGUCGGCACACAACGUCUGCCCCAAGGGUUACUGGAUCGCCAUUGUCUCGACGAUUGCCGAGACCAGCUCCAACCACCACCUCGAGCUGCAGCCGGGCCUGGAGAGGCUUGGCAAGAUUGAGGAGCAGUUCAUGGGCGCGCCCAUUCCGCUGUACGAGCCGCUCGAGGAUGGAACCAAGGACAACAUCUUCAUCUCGAAGAGCUACGACGCCACCAGCCACUUUGAGACGACUACCGACGAUGUGCAGGACAUUUACCGCCGCUGCAUGGGCGAGGAGUUGGUUGUUGAGGGCCUCAGGGAUGGCAUCCAGGUCGCCGAUGAGUAA